UUACUGGGAUGCUGUGGCAAGACUUGGCUCUGAGUUUCCUUCGAUAUUCAAACCUUUAGGAACUGAUUUCCUACACAUCUUGGUUCUGGGUUUGGGAGAGGCCAUCUUGGCAUAGUCUCUUGGGGUUGGGAAUGCAGGAGAAGCUUAGUGAGAAGGAAGGGACCUGGAAAGCAGACAUUUACCAUGGAGAUGUUCUUCCCCAAAAAGGAAAGGACACCCCUGGGAUUUUGUGAUGGCCUGGAUAAGAUCUUCGUGGGCUUUGGGAACAAGGACGAGAGAGGCUGUCAGCCUCCCAAAUACCACACCAACUAUGCACCUUAUCAUCCUAUCCACAAGGCUGCAAGCAUGGGUGACAUAAAUACGGUGAAGAGCUUUGUCCAACUGGGAGUUUUUGCCAUGGAACAGAUAGAUUGGAAAUGCAGGACUGCCCUGCAUUUUGCCUGUGUCUACGGCCAACCAGAAGUGGUGACGUUCCUGGUGGAGAGCAGCUGUGACAUUAGUCCAAAGGACACUAAUGACGCCACACCUCUAAUUAAGGCUGCACAAUGCAGACAGACGGAAUGCCUUGCUAUUCUACUGAAGUAUGGCGCUGACCCCAAUAUUGUGGACUCUCACGACAACACCGCUCUGCAUUAUGCCGUUUACAAUGGGGAUGUUGAAACAGCCGCUAAGCUGCUUGAGUACAAGGCAAACAUUGAAGCAACCAACGAGAACAAGAUCACACCACUUCUGCUUGCUCUGAAACAAAACAAGGAGAAAAUGGCAGAGUUCUUAAUCAACAACGGGGCAAAUACAAAAACAUGUGAUUUUCUGGGAAGAAGCACCCUUAUGUAUGCUGUAAGGUGUGGGUCCGAACUUAUCGUCAAGCUGCUUCUUCAAGGAGAUAUUGAUACUUUUAAGCAAGAUGCCUUCAGGUGGACAGCUAAACGGUAUGCCGUUGAAAGUAAAAGCAAAGUUAGGAAACUACUUAUCGACUAUGAUGAAGAGGAAUUGAGACAGACAUGUCCAGGGAUCACCCGGAAAGAUGCUUGCUCAACGAAAGUCAUCACAGACAGCAACUCACCCAGACUCAUGGCAGAUACAACUGUUCCCAGUAACACCAUCAAAAACCUUACAGAAGGCUUUGCAGAGAAAGCUUGCAAAAAUCGAGGCUGUGGAAGCGAAGACAACACCAGUGGUAGGUGA